UCUGCUGUUCUGGAGGCGGGAGCAGGUUGAGGGAUGGCUUUUGGGCUUUCGAUGCUGAUAUAAGAGAGCAACUCAAGACAUGUUGCUUCAUCGUCAGCAGUUGUAUUAAUCUAAACCUUGGAUAUCACUGACCACGAGAGCACAGUCAUCACUCUAAAGGACGAUGAGACUGAAAAGGGAUCUGAUCCUGCUGGUACUCAUCUCUUUAUGCGUCGCUCAGAAGAAGGCCACGCAGGAAACGUGGGAGCACAGAGAUAAAACAAAUGGCAAAAGCUGCUCAAACCUGACCCAAGUGCUGGACAACUGGAAAUAUGCCAUCAUGUAUCAGGUGAAGGAUCUGCUGGUCAAUGACCAUGCUUCAGUCUUACCUGAAUAUGUGAGGAUCAAGCCUCUAUCUGAAGCCGUAGAUGACCUCUACAAGCAAUUCAACACCCUGAAAGACAGCCUGGGCAAACUCACCAGUAAAUUUGACAAGGUGGAGGAUUUCGUGGAUGAGCUACAGGCAGGGAAAAUACCCAAAGCCUGGAUGUGGAAGGCACCAAAGCGUCCACCAGUCCGAGUGCCGACUCAGACACCAGUGAGAGCCUCGGGUAGGGGACAGUGGGUCCGCAGGGCAAGAGCCAGGAGAGGCCCUGGUACUUAGUGGACAUUAGUGGGAAAUUUAGUGAGAUAUUGACACGGCUGUAUUUUAUACACUAUUAGUUAAAAUGUUCUUUAAUUGUUCAUUGGAUAAAUAAGGGUCCUUAGCUUCCUAAAAGAAUUCUACUUGAUAGGGGAUAUCUUGAUAGUGAAAUUAUGUUUAAGGGGUUCUUCUUUGGUACAACUUAAAAGACCAUGAGGGUUUUUAAUUCCUUUAAACAGGAUUUCUAUAUUAAUAUAAUUAUAUACAUCAACCAAAGAUAAUAACACUGACAAAUGCAGUCAAUUAGCAUUGUAUUACACUAUAAGGAACAUGUGAUGUUUUAUUUGAUUAAAAUGCAAAGCUUUGCCUAUGAUAUCUAGUUUUAAAAUUAGCAGCCAAAUCAGCAGGGCUGAUUACACUUGCUUUGGCAAAUCUUAUUAUGGCAAAUGUAUAAAUAAAAUUGCCUUUUUAUCAGAUACCAGAUAUAUAUAUAUAUAUAUUUAUCACAUAUAGUUUGUUAAAUGUCUGCUACUAUAAUAAAAUGUACACAUGGAUUUAAAUGCUAUACUUUUACUCAAGCCUCUUGGUAAUGAUCUGAAAUAUGGAAAGGUCACUAAUGUAUUUAAUACAUUUGAUCAAUCUAGGACAAUGCUGUUUAAUAUAGCUGCAAGAAAUAAAACAAAACAGGUCUGAACAGAGCUUUUUAAUAAUCCAGGAUUAUUUCAGAUUUCAAUCUUUAUUAACAGAUGAAUGAGAAAGACAUCAAUAUAACGGGUAACAUUAAGCUUCCUAAUCAUUAUUUUUUAUUAUUUUCAUUAUAUGUAAGUACUCUUUCCACAGUUUUAAUGACGUGAUGAUUUUGUUAAAUGUUUUCUGGUCUUGUGUGUGUGUGCAGUUCAAAUCUGUUCUAGGUGGGUGUGACAUGAGAGUUAUGGGUAAAAUGUUUA